AUGCAUCUCUCGACCGUCAUUGCAUCAGCUGUGCUCUUGUUGGCGGAAGCCAAUGUCAUUUCCGCCAAAGCGAUCAUGCAUAUGCCGGGCGCACUGAGGAGGCGGCAUCAUCUGGGGCAUAUGGAGAAAACGGCCGAUCGAAUUCUUCGUCGAGAACCGCAAUCCAACUCGCUUCUCUCGGUGGCCGCGCCAACCAACACCACCAACCAAACUAUUGCCGCAGCCUGUGUCAGUUCUUUGAGCAAACUCACCUCGGUCGACAAUGAUGCUGGGCUCGCUGCUUGCUACAAUGUCAUGCAGUUUGAUUCCAAGCAAGGCGCCUUUGAGGCAGAUCUCCGACUUUACCAGAUGUUCGACCCGUCUGGAAGUUUUGCCGGCCUCUCUGUCAACGAUAUCAUGCUCAGUGUUACAUACCCGGCCAGCACCAUGUUCCAGUCACUGACCAAGCGAAAGAAGCGGGAUGUUGUGGAACGACAAUCUGCCGCCGUGUCUGAGGUGCAACAGUAUACUCUGUUUGGCACGUUCCAGAAGAACCUGGAUCUAAGCAAACUCAAUGACACUCAAAUCAUGUCGCUGAUGCUUCCGGACGUCAAGCUCAACGCCGUCAACUCGUCACAAACCCCCAUCACCGCCAACGUGACCGCCGCCGACGGAGCUUGGUUCGUGGUGGGCCAGUUCAGUGGCGAAUUCAAGAAUAGCCUGGUCGGCCCGACCGUUGCAACUGCGGCCAUGGCCGUCGCCGCCCCUUUUGUACUUCCAGGAGUGACUCUGGGAAUUUUCCCUACUGGAUUGAUCAUCACUUGUGCCUGGACUGUUUUGUUCUUUUUGGCGUACGGAUUCGGGACCCUUGGUCGCAUCAAGUACAGAGACGUCUAUAGAAAGAGAAAGGCCGCUCAGGCUGGUCGGACGGGCAAGAGAAUAUAA